AUGGGAAACGUUAUGAUAAGAAGAAAUAAAAAAGCAAAGGUGAUGAAAAUAAACGGAGAAACCUUCAAGCUAAAAACUCCCGCUAGAGCAAACGACGUCGUUAAGCACUAUCCCGGUCACGCUCUUCUCGACUCACAAGCCGUUAAACAGUUCGGGCUUCGGGCCAAGCCACUUGAGCCCUACCAAGAACUAAAGCCCAAGAAAAUCUAUUUCUUAGUUGAAUUACCCAAGCUUCAGCCCGAGCCGGUGCCACGGAGGGCGCGAUCUACUGGUAUACGUGGCAUGAAUGCUAUGGAGAGGCUCGAUUUUUUGAUGCUGUCGAAACGGAGCGUUUCGGAUGUGUCUUUGGUGAAACGGUCUAGUUUGGGUGACGGUCGGGCUGGUUUGGUUCGUGAUGGGUCGACCCGGGUGAAAAUGAGGCUGCCUAAGGCGCAAUUGGAUAGGUUGGUGGAGGAGAGUUGCGACGGAACGGAGGUGGCGGAGAAGAUUUUGAGUUUGUAUAUGGGAAAUAAUGCCGCCGUGGAGGGUGGUGGUGGAGGGAAUGAAGCGAAAUUUGAGGUUCAUAAUCAAAGGUCACGAAGGAAACGAGUGAGCUUCAGUCCGGUGGAAGAAGGUGAAAUUCAUGAAGAAGCGGCUGCUCAAUAG